GUCACAAUAGAAAUCUCGUCUCGGAUUGCUUCACAGACAACAACUUGUCGAAGGUAGAAAUAAAUCAGUCAGUCGAAAUCGUGAAUUCCACUUCACAUAUAAAUCGUUCACCGUGAGUCCGUGAACCCAUAUACUAACCAGCGAAUAGCAGUAAACAAGCAACAUGAAUGAUUUUCAAGGGACAUCGGGUGAAAAUGCAGAGGCUUCAUCUAGCGGCUCCAGUAUAUAUAGAGACGCUCUAGCUGUCCUCUCGAGCUCGAAUGAAGAAUUUGAGUCGACCACGUCCGUGCUUGAUUCAGCUCAGGACGAUAACAAAAUGUUAGCAGAGGCACGAAGAAUGUCCUCCAUUUUGUUCAAAAGCCCGUUGGAUGAAAAGCGGAUUUUACAGGCCAAAAAGAUGAGCCAAACGGCUAUUCAAAAUGCCUUCUCAGCGGCUGCCGAGAAAGACAGGAAUGAUGAAACAAUGGCCCAGACAAGCAGUGCUUCCAGCCCUGCUGUCAACAUUAACUUGUCAAGGACAAAGGAGAUUGAGGCCAGGAAGAUGUCAACAACAUCAAUUCGUAGUGCGUUUUCCAUGGCAGCAUUUGAUAACCGAUCUGCAACAGUUGCCGAGCCCAGACGGGGUGUUUUCUCCCGAAUCCUUAAUUUUUUUAGAUGCACUUCUUGCUGCGGCAGGAGAAAUUAAUGACUUAUUAAUUAAUCAUUAAUUAUGUGCUUAAUGUAUAUAUUGAUAUUUUUUAAAUAACAUAUUGUGUAAUUUUUUAAAUAACAUAUUGUGUAAGUUUUUAAAGAACAUAUCUUGUAUUUUUUUUUUCAAUUUGAUAUUAAUUAUAUAA